GACAAGCUAGUUUGAGUGGCCAAUCCCAAAGCAUUCUGAAGAGAACUAGGGAUUCGCACUACUUGUUCCCUCUGCUAGUCAGUCUGUGGUUUUUCAACACCGUUGCGAGUGAUCUGCAGCCAAUUGCAUGCCAUUUUGCAAGUGAAGAUCCUGAAAAUCCUCUCCGUUUUCAAACGUGUCUAGUUUUCUUCUAAAACAUUUGUGUCGAGUCUUAUAAGUUGGCGACGCAUGUUGGAUUCUUAUUGUCUACCAGUCGCUAUGAAAAUUUAUUUUCCUAUAAGUCAAGUUGCUGUGGCUCUUGGCCACGACUUCUGGUCUCCCUGGAAAAAUCAAUUGGACACUUGAUUCUUCAAGUGAAACGCGCCCCACUCGCAAAGCAGUUUUAGGAAGAGACAUGUGUACUAUAUGCAUAAUAAGUAAUGUGCUGUCAGUAUUUUAACUAAUCGUAGCCUGUGCUUUGGCUGUGUGUAAGACUUGACUGAGAAUUCGAAAAACUUUGAGUUGGUUCAAAAGAGGCUUGUGCAUUUCAAUUAUGACCGUGACUUAUUCACUUCACGUAUCCAAGGCCCGUCUUUGUGGUUUUGCGAAACUCUUGACUCGAUGGAGAGGAAGUAUCUACAAACUUCUUUACAGGGAGAUGCUUAUUUUCGUAUUUCUCUAUUACUCCCUACUGGUACUCUACCGGUUUGUUUUGAAUGACGAUAGCCGUGUGACUUUUGAAAAGCUAGCAAUUUAUUGUGAAGCUUUCACAGAUCUUAUACCUUUGUCAUUUGUGCUUGGAUUUUAUGUCACAAUUGUGGUGGGAAGAUGGUGGCAGCAGUAUCUCGCUAUUCCCUGGCCUGAUAAGUGCUGUAUGUUGAUUUCAACUUACGUGAAUGGCGCUGAUGAAAGAGGCCGAAUGAUUCGUCGAACCUUGGCCAGAUAUUUGAACUUAAUGGCAGCCUUAACCUUCCAGGCCAUCAGCCCUGCAGUUAAAAAGCGCUUUCCAACAAUAGACCAUUUAGUCGAAGCAGGAUUGAUGACUAAAGAAGAAUGUCAAGUCUAUGAUGAUGUCUUGAUGACCCAUGGUAAAUGGUGGGUUCCUGCUCAGUGGUUUGGCUCAGUUGCUGCCAGGGCUAGAAGAGAAGGCCGUAUCAAAGAUGACAUUCUUUUUAAGCAUUUACUUGAUGAAAUGCAUGUUUUCAGAGGCAAUUGUGGACUUCUUUUCAGUUUUGACUGGAUUAGUAUUCCUUUAGUUUAUACGCAGGUAGUAACGCUGGCAAUCUACACGUAUUUUAUUGCUACAGUGAUGGGCCGUCAGUAUCUGGAUCCCAAGAAAGGAUAUCCUGGUUAUGAAAUAGAUCUUUAUGUACCAGUAUUUACUUUAUUGCAAUUUUUUUUCUACAUGGGAUGGCUUAAGGUAGCUGAACAGCUUAUAAAUCCCUUUGGGGAAGACGAUGAUGAUUUUGAAUUGAAUUGGUGCUUGGACAGAAAUCUGCAGUUGUCCUAUAAUGUGGUUGAUGUCAUGCAUCAAAGCAAUCCACGCCUUGUUAAAGAUUUGUUUUGGGACGAAGUGGAGCCACAGCUGCCUUAUACGCGGUCAUCUUUCAAUUUGCGAACACAGCCUCAUCUUGGAUCGGCAAUGGAUUUAGAUGUUAAUCUGGAGGAGUCUGAAUUUAUUACCAUGGAAACUAUUAUGGAAGAAGAUAAAGAGGAGAACAAUUACACCAGUCCUCCUAGAACCCCCGCCUUUGACCAAACUGGCCACUUUAAUUUUCCGACUGAUACCCCUACUCGGAGAACAAGUACGUGCAGUAUUGAUACGGACAAUACAUCCUUAUCCAGGUUUCGACUGCCGGACUUUCCAGGGAGAUUGGUAAACAUGAUUUUGGGAUCGAAUCGGGAAUUAUCUCACAGCACCGAUUCGAUGAAGGAUGCCCAUAUGAAUGGAAUCAACACACCCUUCAUUUUGAAAUCUCCUUGUCAUCGUCGAAGAUCUUGCGCAGAGCCUUCUCCACUUGCCUUAAGUGACGAUAGAACAUCCGCCGAGUCCCCUCUUUUAACGCCAGCAUUCCAACAAGAAAAGGAUUCGGAAAGUAACAAAGAAGGAUUGUUGUCUACUGAGCAACCCAUUGUUUUUCAGGAUAAGCCACCAGAAUAUUGUGCCAUCAAAAUCCCCGAUCUAUCUGUGGUUGAAGAAGAAAGUACAGGUAGCUCUAGAGGUUCCUCACCAGUUCAUGAUCAGAGUCAAAGUGGUCAGCAAAGAAAUGGGAAUGAAGCAUAUCAGUCGCAGGAAAGUCUUUUAAUUUCUUCAGAUAGCCAAAGCACAGACAGUUCUUCUCAUCUUUUAAAAAAUGUGGUUUAAAAGUAUCUUUACUAGUUUAAUUCAGGAUAUAGGGUUUUUGAUAGUGCCUUUCCUAAUUAGUUUUGAAUUUCCAUUUUAAUAAAACCAGUUGCAAUUUCAAAAUAUUUUACUGAUAGCAAAUCAUUUUUCAGAAAUUCAAUUUUAAUUAAGUGUAUUAUAUAAAAGCUAUAAGAAAUUCGGUUUGCAAGCCUUGAAUAUUGCAGAUAGAAUACAAUAAUUGUUAAAAUUCUCUAAACUGUGUGUAAUGCAUAGAGCUGAUAUAUAAAUGGAGGGAGCUAGUCGCUUGUUUCUUGUCUAAACAAGUGUACCCAACUUGAGUGACGUGACUUAGGGAAAAUCUGGGAGUAAGAUACCUUUUUUGGCGCCAUAUCGCAAAUCUUGGCAUACUCAAAAACUGCAUUGGGUCCGGUCGGUUUUCAUUUCCGGUUAACAUUUCCUAACAUUUAUAUAUACUUUGAAAACUAAGAAAACUGGUUUAGUUUUUUACUUUGUUUUUGUGCAUUAAUUAAAAGUGAUAAUUUUUUUGCUUUAAGUAAACAUUUUAUUUCUUUUCUUUACCUAAAAACAUCUUUUAAUUUUACAUUACACGUUCAAAUACUUUUAUUAUUAUCUCAUACAGAUAAAAAAAAAACUUUUAUAAAAGCAGAUUAUAA